ACAAGGAGACCUGUAUAGAUCACAUGAUGGCACCAAUGAGGAUGGAGGAGGACCGGAGUCACAUGACUGAGAAGAUACUAAACCUCACCCUGGAGAUCAUCUACCUGCUGACCGGAAGACAUUUCCUCUUCUGAAGUCAGGUGAUCAUAUGACCAUCACAGUGCCUCCAUGUGACUCCCUAAACCCUGAGAGACACAACAUGCAGAAGAUUCUAGAAGUCACCAAGAAGAUGAUGGAGCUGCUGACAGGAGAGGUUCCUAUAAGGUGUCAGGGUGUCACUGUCUAUUUCUCCAUGGAGGAGUGGGAGUAUUUAGAAGGACACAAGGAUCUCUACAAGGACGUCAUGAUGGACAAUCAGCCGCCCCUCACAUCACCGGAUGGAUCCAGUCAUGGGAACCCACCAGAGAGAUGUCCCCGUCCUCUGUAUUCCCGGGAUUCCACACAGGAAGGUCACACCAUCCCUCACCAUCAUCAGAGUGGAGACCUGAGAGAUCCUAAAGUUGAGAAAAAAGAAGAAAUAGAAGAAGAGGAGGAUGAGGAUGGGGUGAUGGAGGAAUCUGUACCAGGACACCAUGGUGGAGUCAUACAGCUACAAAAAUCUACCAGAAAGAUGUCACUGUCCUCUGUAUUCCCAGGAUUCCACACAGGGGGGUCACACCAUCCCUCACCAUUACAAGGUUUGUAGAAUUUGAGGUGAAAGCAGAAGAAGAAGAGGCGUAUGUGAGGGAUGAUCAGCAGUCUAUGGAGGAGGAUGGAAUAACGGGGACAUUUAUAGAGGAGGACACUCCUACAGAGAUCAGCACAGUCCAUGGCCGGGAGAUGAGGAAAACCUCCGAGGAUUGUCUCACUUUGUCUCCAGACUGGAAAGUAGAAGAUGAGGACAUCACACAGUAUAGUCCAGGAGAAAAUCCGGCUCCCUCCAAUGUCCAU